ACGUAAGAACCGUAGGAUCUAGGGCACGUGAUUUUCUCGCGUAGGGGACUAGGGCUUUAACUCUCUCAUUUCCCCUAAACCUGAAACUUUCAUCUGAGAGAGAGAGACGUCAAAAUGGUUCAGAGGCUCACGUAUCGCAAGCGCCAUAGCUAUGCCACCAAGUCCAACCAACAUCGCAUCGUCAAGACACCAGGUGGGAAGCUUGUUUACCAGACCGCUAAGAAGAGAGCGAGCGGUCCUAAGUGCCCUGUUACUGGAAAGAGAAUCCAAGGGAUUCCACACUUGAGACCUACUGAGUACAAGAGGUCUAGACUAUCAAGGAACAGGAGGACCGUAAACCGUCCAUAUGGUGGUGUGUUAUCUGGUGGAGCUGUCAGAGAGAGAAUUAUCAGAGCAUUUUUGGUGGAAGAGCAGAAGAUUGUGAAGAAGGUUUUGAAGAUCCAGAAAGCAAAAGAAAAGUUGGCUUCAAAGAACUAAGAUGUCAAUGUGAGGUUUUGUUCAUUUUGAUUUGAUGGAAACAAAAUUUGAAUUUUAUUGUGAUGAUUACAUUUUGGAAACUAUAGGUAUGACGUUUUUCUUAUAAUUGUGAACAAGCUUUACUUGGAAUAUUCAGUUAAAUGGAAACGUAUUCUCAUUUGUCUGUUAAAA